UCAAUGAUAAAUUUGAACUUUAUACCUGGCUUGAGUUCUGACAGUGUAAAAGUUGUAAGGAUGUUGUGCUGUUAGCGCCGAUGUUCCUAUUCUUUGUGUUCAUACACCAGUUUUUGAUUUUAGGAUGACGAUAUUUAGCUGCUAAAAAAUUUAUUUGAGAGCUAGCUCUUUUUUUUGAGAUGAUAAGGGUAUGAGGCAACUCCAGAACCAGCACAGGUGCCCUUUUAAAUGCAGAAUACAAUCAAUUCAAUUCAAUUCAUUUGUGUUUGUAUAGCACUUUUAACAAUGAACAUUGUUUUAAAACAGCUUUACUCAGACAAUGGUGUUAUAAAUGAAUACGAUGUUCUUUAUAAGUGUAAGUUUGUUCCUGAUGAGCAAGCCGGUGGCGACUGUGGCAAGCAAAAACUCCCUGACGAAUCAUGUAAAAAAUUAAAUAAAACUUACAUUUUUUUAUAUAUAUAAUUUAAAUAAUAAUUUUUUUCUAUUUUUGCUUUGGAAAACGGUGUUAUUUGAUACCAUCGAAAGCAAAUUCGUCUUUAGUCUCUCUUGUUAUUACAAUGUAAGAAGAACAUUAAUGAAAGCUUGCCCUCCACUUUCUUUCUUGUUUGUUUGCUGGCUUGUUUGUUAGCGGUUAUUGUAACUUUUUAGCAUCUCUGUAGCUUUUUAUUGCAAUUUUAUUGAAUAUUUCUUCAACAAUAUUUUUUUUUUUAAAGAGCCUGUCCUGUUGCAAUCCUGCACGCUAUUUGAAACAUGAAAUUAUAACGAUCUCCUCAUAUCCCCUGUUCAUUACAUUUAAUACUUCUUACCGUCGAAGUCUAUUCCUGAUUAUGUUUGACCUAAAGUGCUAAAUCCAUUGUGUACCUGCAUCCGAAAAAAAGUCACAGCUCUGUAGUACUUGGCUGUGUUUCCCAAACAGUGUCCUCUGGCCGAGGACCUCGCAGUGGGUAGAUUAUUAAACAUGAUUAACAAGGCCCUAGCUGAAGAAAACACCCAAUGGGAUUAAAAACUGAGACUGUACUUGGACAGGGUUUGGAACAUGCUUUCUGGUUGCUGUUCCAGAAUACACCAACAGUCAGCAACACUUCUCCUCUGGUGGGAGCUGAGACAUGGGCUGUGUUUGGACAUGGGUUGUGUUUUGGGUCAAAACUGGCAUAAGACAUUUCUUACAUUUUAAAGAAACUACACAGUGAGGAUAAAGGGUUUGUUAUUAGUCAUGUUCUUCGUGUCUAUUAUGCUGUGUAUGUAUUCCUUUCUCAUCCUCUAUCUCUCUCACUGUGUACAUGUUUGUUCUAUUCCUGAUAUUUUGACAGUAAAUAUUUAUUUUCCGUCAGUAGCAAAAAUAAUUCUUCCAGAUUUCCGAAAUCUUGAAGCCAAAAGUUAUUUCAUUAAUCACCUAUUUUUUUUAUUUUUUUAUUUUUUCCCAAUUCUCUACACCAAAACUUUUUUAAAAACAUUGUUUUUUUGUGUUCUUUUUAUACAUCAUUGUGGUUUUUUCCACUAUUAGAAUGUCUUUGUUAUAUUUUUUGUUAGAAUUGUUAUUAGAAAGUGCCAGAAUGUAUUUUUGCACCGAGAAGCACAAAGCGCAAGCAAUGGCUUUUCUAAAGAUUAAACAGUUUGAGUUGUUUAGCUGUAAUGUUUCGAAAGACAUUAGCAGAGCUUUGAUUUUUAUCGGCUGUUUUUUUAUGAUCUGACUCAUAACAGAAGUCCUCAUGCUUAUGCAUCUACCAGAAAAAGAUUUACGCUGGUGUUGAAACUGAAUUUCUGGAAACAUUUCAUGUCUUUGUGUGGUAUGUUCACUGGCUUAUUCUGAUCAGUGAUUCCCAGGCGAAAGUGCACCCUGAGGGUUUGGAUGUUCUUUUUUUAACUGUAUUAAUUGAGAGCUGUAGGUUUAAUGAUCACCCUCUCUCCUAAGAUAGAUACUGGCUGAGUGCAGCAGCGUGUGAAUUAGUGCCACUUGUGCAUUAGGCUACACGGCAGGUUAAACAUGUGCCUAUAGGAUUUCAGUGAAAAGCCUCAGUGCGUGGAGAGAUUUAAGAGAACUGUUUCUUUUGCUUAAAUGGCAGAUUUUGGAGCGAUUCGGCAUCCGGACUUAGAAUGUGAUUGGAAUGGGAGUCGGUGCGCCAAUUCCCUGAUAGGGUGGAUUAGAGUCUAUCGUUCCCUAAUGAUGCAGGGAGAGGACAGAAAGAAAAGGAAACAGAUUUUGAAUCCUAGAAGUGUGUCAGACGAAUACUGUCUCCGAGAACGUCCAAAAGAAGACGCGACAAAGAUGAAAAAUAAGCUGUCCACUUCAGUCGCAGUUAACAGUAAGAAGAGGCCCUGGUCAUGGGAUCAGUACAUAGAUGAGGAAAGAGCCAUUGCAGCCCCGGUGAAACUCUUUACUGAGUACCAGUCAGCUCCUUAUGGCAAGAAUGGCUUUAAAAUGGGAAUGAGGCUCGAGGGAAUCGACCCCUUGCAUUCUUCUAUGUUCUGUGUGCUCUCUGUGGCUGAGGUGAUUGGUUACCGUCUGCGUCUGCACAUCGAUGGUUACUCAGAGUGCUAUGACUUCUGGGUUAAUGCUGAUUCCCCUGAUAUCCGGCCAGCCGGAUGGUGCGAGUCCACGGGUCGCAAGCUACAUCCUCCAAAAGGUUAUAAAAUGGAUGAGUUUAACUGGGAACAAUACUUGGAGUCUUGCAAUGCUCAGGCUGCACCAAAGAAUCUGUUCAAAUCCCAAAACAAUACUAGCACCGCCUCGAAAUUUGAAGUGGGCAUGAAGCUGGAGGCAGUAGACAGAAAGAACCCCUGCCUGGUGUGUGUGGCAAGUGUGGCCGACAUCGUUGAUAACCGCUUUCUGGUUCACUUUGACAACUGGGACGACACAUACGAUUACUGGUGUGAUGCCACUAGUCCCCAUAUCCACCCUGUGGGCUGGUGCCAGGACCAUGGACGACCUCUAACAGCACCUCAGGGACACCCGAAUCCAGAGCAUUUCAUAUGGGAGGAGUAUUUGGAAGACAAUGGCGCUUCUGCAGUUCCGAGCCAAGCCUUUUGUAUGAGAGCCCCUCAUGGAUUUCAGAACAACAUGAAGUUAGAGGUGGUGGACAGAAGAAACCCCAUGCUGAUCCGUGUGGCCUCCAUUGUUGAUACUGAAGACUACAGAGUCAAGGUGCACUUUGAUGGCUGGCACUCUAAGUUUGACUUCUGGGUCGACUCUGACCUGCCAGACCUUCAUCCUGUAGGCUGGUGUGCACGGACAGGUCACCCCCUGGAACCUCCCUUUACAAAUCCAGGACCUUCUGACCUCAAGAGCUCCAUGACGCAGGGAGUGUGUCCAACCCCAGGGUGUAGGGGAGUGGGCCACAUCAAGGGCGCAAAAUACACAGGACACCACAGUGCCUUCGGCUGUCCCUACUCGGACAUUAACAUGAAGAAGGAGGUAGUGCUGCCCGAUCGGCUCGGCGGCGAAAAGCAAAUCACCUUCGUCCCAGUGCAGUUUGUGCAGAAAACCAAGAGGCUGUGUGCCGAGCAAGAGGAGGAGGAGGUGGUGAACGACAAAGACAGCCAUGAGGAGAGCAGGGAAGAGCUGUCAGGCUGUGACUCGGCGCCUCGUCCUCGUGGUCGGCCUCCUGGCCAUGCCACAAUAAAAAGAGAGUACAAGGAGGAACCUUCAUCUCAGGGACAGAAGGCGUACUCACCAGUAGGGAAGAGGAAUCGUCUAACCAGGAUUGCACAGUCAACAAAAUAUCUGCGCAUCAAAGAUGAGGAGGAGGAGAUUGAGCUUAACAGUGUGAUUGCAGAGAAAAAUGUGGACAGUCUCCAGCAGGCCCUGCAUCAGUCAGUCUUCCUGUCAGCCAUGUCUGCUCAGCCUGGUCGUGACUUGCCACUAUGCUGGGAGCAGCACUGUAAGCUCCUUCCCGGUGUGGCCGGGGUGCAGGCAAGUCGUGUCGCCCACUGGACCGUUGAGGAGGUUGCUGACUUCAUCCACUCUCUCCCAGGCUGUGAGGAACAAGCCAAGCAGUUUAGAGAGGAGCAAAUCGACGGCAAGGCGUUCCUCCUCCUCACACAGCGGGACAUUGUGAAGAUCAUGAGUGUUAAGCUUGGCCCUGCUCUCAAAAUCUACAAUUCCAUCCUUAUGUUCAAGCACGCUGAAGACAGCCAAUCGGCAAGCAGCGACACCAAUACAUGAAGCCCAGCCUCAUCCCCACUCCAUCCUCUUACAAGCUUAUGUGAAUUUAGAUGUGUACUGUUUCGAUGCAUUCCAACUUCCAGUUCCUUUCUUAGACUUAGAGCUAUCUAUAAAGACUGUCUCUUCAGGUUUGAUUUCCUCAGACCUCUGACUUUCAGGUUCUAGUGUCUGUCCUGUUUGCUGACUUUCAAACCUGCCUUUAAAUGUUUCCACAUGGCAUAAAAGUUUAACUAAGCCAUGUUCCAGUACAGUAUCCUCAUAGGCCUUACCCUUCUCCCUGUUCCUAAAUAGCUUUCCCCUGAAUUUAUAUAUAAAAAAAAACGAACUGACAAUCAGCCACACAAAUAUGAAACAGCAUAGCCGAGUUCGGCGACAGGGUUUUUUUUGGUGAAGGUGCUAUUUAAUACAACCCACUAACAGCCAUUGAUAUGUAGGUUUCAAUAAUCAUGUCUAGUGAUUUAAAACCUGGGACACAGGCCCUUUGUGCUUAUUUUACUAUCUAUUUUGUAUAGAUGAUAUCAAUUUUUUCCUGCUGAUUCACGACCUUUAUUUAUUGUGCAAGGACAAUUGUGCAAAGUUGAAGGAAAAAUUAAUAUAUUGUAUAUUAUGAAUUUAAAAAUGCCAAAAGGAAUUUUUUUUGUUUGGUUUUGUUUUCCUAGAUUUGAAAAUGUUUUUUUUUUUUUUUGUGAUGUAUUGCACAUUAUCCUGAUACAUUGAGCGGUUAUUUUAAACCUUUCGGAUGCUUGUGCAAAUGAAUCUAAAUUACUAUUAAGUUUUAAUUUAAAGUAGCGACAAUACUUUGAGUGUCAUUUCUGUAUUAAGUGCAUUCAUGCUCUCAUUAAAAAAACAACCUUAUUAGGCUUUAAUUUAAUUCAGCUUUAAUUAUAUUUUCCACUUCUUCAAACCUUUUAUAAACUUGUAAAGAUCAAAUCAGGGAGAUUUUCUGGUAACUAAAAGCCUCUUCCAAAGCACACCCAUAGAAGAGAAAACAAACAAACAAAAAAACAGAUCAUGUUCACUAUACAUUUUGAAUUGAGUAGAAAUUAAGGUAUAAAUUGCAUCUUACUGAGUUCUGUUCAGGUGUUCAGUGCAGUGUAAUUGUUUCCUGUCUUUUUCAUGCGUUCAUUGUCUUCUAUUUACUUUGGGCCAGCUCAGCUGCAGAACACCAGGUUUAUUGCUCCUAUACAAUAUUUUCUCAAGACUGCUGUUGACUGGUGCAACCCUACAGUAAACUGGUUCCAUCUCCAGCCUCCAUGAACCAAUUGCAUCUGAUUCAAGUUUGAAAUGUACUGUAAAUAUUUCUUAAUAACAUUUCUUACAAUGAAGUUCCUCUUUCUACAACAACGUACAUUCACAAGUGCACAACCCAAAUAAACGACAGAUUUCCUGUUGUCUCUCUCUA